AUGAUCAGGAUGAUACAUAUUUUGUUGGUGCUUGAAAGCAUUGGAUCCUGUAUUGCAUGUGGUAGAGCUGAGUACAGAAUAGGGGAUGAAUGUUGUCCCAUGUGUUCACCAGGAAAUCGUGUACAUAGGCAUUGUACUGAAUUCACCAGUACCAGCUGUGUGCCCUGUGUUGAUGCUACUUUCCUUGAUGAGCCCAAUGGUCUCAUAAAAUGCAAAGUGUGUAUCAACUGUGAUCCAGGUUUGGGUUUGAUGGUAAAGCAGCCAUGUACACCUUCAUCAGACACUGUCUGUGGGACACUGGAGGGCUUCUACUGUCUAGACCCAACUAAGGAGGGUUGUAGAGCAGCCCAGAGACACAGCAGCUGUAAGCCUGGUCAAUACAUCAGCCACACAGGAACAACAUCUACAGAUACUGUGUGUGCUGACUGCCCUGGUAAAACUUAUUCAGAUGGAUCAUUUACAUCUUGUCAACCACAUACAGAAUGUAAAUUCUUGGAAAUUGAACCAGGAACUCCUUGGUCGGAUUCAGAAUGUGGAGUAGCCUCACUUCCCACAGCUGGAAUCAUAGCUGGUGUUCUGAUAGGUGCUCUAUUUUUCCUGACAGGCACCAUAGCUGGUGUUUGUUUAUUUAUG